UGAGAAGCACAAGCACCAUUUUACCUUAGGAAUUUUGCUCUCUCUCUCUCUCUCUCAAUCUGCUGAUGUCACUUUCUUUAUUGCUGUUAAAAACUCUCCUAUAUACUUUGUUCUCACACUUGUAGAGAUGAAGAGACAGAGAGAAAGAGGGAACAAACAAGGAGCUUCUGUUUCUAGUUUCUAGCUUCUAGCCUCCUUCUAAGCUCAACAAGUCAGAAAAAGAAAAAGAAAAAAAAAAAAAACUGCCUUUGCCUUAUCCCAGAUAACUGAUUUGGUUAGCCAUGAACAACAGUGUUCCUGAUUGGAAUUUUGGGAGUGAUUCCUGUGUCACCACCACCAAUCAAAAGAAGGCCAUGGGGGUGGACCAAGAACUUGUAGAGCUCCUAUGGCAAAAUGGCCAGGUUGUGUUGCACAGCCAAACACAUAGAAAACCGGUUGUGAAUUCGUUCGCACCGAGGCCAGUUCUGAAAAACUUUCAAUCAAGGACUAGUGAGCCGUUUGGGAACUCAAGUAACUUGAUUCAAGAUGAUGAGACGGUCUCAUGGAUCCAAUACCCUCUCGAGGAUACAUUGGAACAAGAAUUCUGUUCAAACCUUUUAUCUGAACUGCCACACUGUGAAGUUGAGUCCUAUAAGCAAAUCAAGCCAUUUGAAGAGGGAAAGUUUACCAAAUUGGAUGCCUCUAGUGCCCCCCAUGUGACUGUAAGUUCACAAUCACCUACUAUGAAAUCUUCCCCUUUUCAGGAAUUCUCAGGAAUUCCUAUACCUGCUCCAAGAUUCCAUGUUUCUGAUUCACCUCAGAAAAACAAUAAUGACUUGGGUGGAUCAUGUAAGGUCCAAAACUUCUCUCACUUUUCAGCACCCCUUAAUGUUUCUUCAGCGUCGCCUAAUGCACAUUUUAGAGACAAAAUUACUGGUAGCAUGUCAAAAAAUGAGAUCAGAGAGGGCUCAUUGAUGACAAUUGGUUCAAGUUACUGUGGUAGCAAUCACAUCCCCCAAGAUCCAGAUGCAAGCAGGGCAUCAAGCAACGGUAUUUGGACUGCUACUUUAUCGGUUGAGCCUGAAGCUGAUAGAGAUGAUGUGCCGAGAACAAUUCCUCAGAGUGAGAAAGGGAAAUCAGAGAUGCUUGAACCAACUACGACGUCUUCUUCUGGUGGAUCAGGUAGUAGUCUUGGAAAAACUUGUUCCUUAUCCACCAGAAACCAGGGCCAAAAGAGAAAAGGAGUGGAUGUGGAAGAAUCUGAGGAUCAAAGUGAGGAAACUGAACUUAAAUCAGCAACUGGAAACAAGGCAUCUCAACGGGCAGGUUCGGCUAGAAGGAACCGUGCUGCUGAAGUGCACAAUCUGUCAGAAAGGAGAAGGAGAGAUAGGAUCAAUGAGAAGAUGAAGGCAUUGCAACAACUCAUACCUCACAGUAGCAAGACAGACAAAGCAUCAAUGCUGGAAGAGGCAAUUGAAUACUUGAAAUCACUUCAGUUACAACUUCAGCUAAUGUGGAUGGGAUCUGGCAUGGCACCAAUGAUGUUUCCAGGAAUUCAGCACUAUAUGUCACAAAUGGGUAUGGGAAUGGCUACACCUCCUUUCCCUCCAGCUAUUCACAAUUCAAUGCAAUUACCGCGAGUGCCGCUUGAUCAGUCUGUGUCUGCAUCUCAGACACCAAACCAGACAUUAAUGUGCCAAAAUCCUAUUCUAGGAGCCUUCAAUUACCAAAAUCAGAUGCAAAAUCCAGCUCUAUCAGAGCAAUAUGCGCGUUUCAUGAGCUAUCACCUUAUGCAAAAUGCCUCUCAGCCAAUGAAUGUAUUCAGAUAUGGUCCCCAGGCAGUACAACAUAGUCAAACAAUGAUUACACCCGGCAAUAGCAGUGGAAACAUGAGUGGAGCAGCUAAUAUUGAUGAGGCUGUGAGUGGCAAAAUGGGUUAGUUAAUUUAGAAGCGCCCUUACAAGAUCCUACGACUAACAAGAUAAUUGCAAGAUGAUAGAAGCCCGUGUAUGCUUUCACAGUAUGUGUCUGCCUGCUCAUUUAUAUAUAUAUAUACAUAUAUGUAUGAAUUUACCAGUGACUGUACAAUAUUGUUCAAUUCAUAACAAAAGCAACAAGAAGAAUGGAGGAAAAUUAAAAUAAAAUAAGAGUUAUGAGAUCUAGAGGUGAAUACCUCCACAAAAAUUGGUUUCUGCCGUGCAAUGCUACAAUAAAUUUAUUGUACAGAAAUUAGUUUCAGUAAAAGUGGCUGGCUACCUUAAAACUAAAAGUAAUACAGUUGUUCUUUUCUUAUCAUGCAUAACCACUAUAACAAUUGCUUGGACACUGAUAUAUGAAGGGUCCUCCUUAUUUGAUGUUAAAUGGAACAUAAUAUAUUUGUGUGGAUUUUCUUGUGCUGAUGUGCAUAAGCACAGUAAAGGCAGGGCAAUAAUUAGUAGUAUGUCAUCCACUUUGUUUAAAGAUGUAAUAUUUAGUUAAUGUGAAAGGACUUAAAUUAAGAUGCAUCCCUAGCCUUAACAUGCUAGCUUUAGAUGGAGAUGAUUUAUUCAACUAGAUUAGGUCAUCCUUUUAUCCUUGGCUUACAUGAUGUCCUAGCCUCCUAGGGUGAUUGCAUGACCAAAGCACAAUAUUUUGCCAAAAGCAACAUGUUGGGUGAGCAUGCAUAAGCUUGAAAAGGUUAGAUGAUGCAUGAUUAAUUGCUCCUUUCUCUCUCUCAACUAGAACUAACUUAACAUUUUUUCUGAUGUCGUCAGAUAGUAAUUAUUCACAGGUUGAAUGCUGAACAUUACAAUUUUUACCUUAUCCUGAAAAAAUGUCAUGAAAAUUGAAUAUGUACCCUCCACUUUGUGUGUGAUGCUUUUAUCUUUAGUCAAGCUAAAAUAAAUAUUGUUGGGGUGGUCCAUGCAUAAAAAUUAAAGCUAGUCAACUAACUGCUAAAAUUUGUAUACCACUAAGUAUUUGUACCAAGUUGUGUAUCUUGUCAUGGGGCCUCAAAAAUAGACACUUGCUCAAUCCAUGACUUAUUGCGGUCCCCUAGGAAUAGCCAUGAUUGAAACAAACAAUAAUACCUAAGCAACUAACUCACACUUUAAAACCUUUGGUCAUGGUUUUGUUACAUAUCAUAAUCCAUACUUUAUGACUCCAUUUGCACAAGUCACCUCCAAUUUGCUAUGUUCCUUCUUCAUUAGCUUCCUUUUUUUUUUCCCCUACUUUCCAGGUUCUUCCACCUUUAACUAAUAGCAGUCCCUGAAACAUCCUUAAUUGGAGGGUUUGGAUGGUGGAAUCAACCAUGAAAGCGCCAAGAUAUGCACCAAAUUUGUGUAGUGUGGUGGCCAUGCAAUUUGUGUCUAAUGGAGAGUUUUUGUUGUCUAACUUCGAGAAAUUGUAGUAGACAGGUCCUUCAUUAUGGGCCAGUUUUGUUCUCAGCUCCUAUGUCCCAUCAGGUAGAGCAUUUUCCACUGUUUGUAGAUCUGGCAAGUAACAUGAUGACAUAAUUUUUUUUGGCAGAAAUAGGCAAUCAUUGUGUCUCAAUA